UGACAUAAAAUAUCAUAAAUAACUUAUUAUUAAAAUUUGAUUAGAAUUUGUUUUUGUUUUCCAUUGAAACUGAAUUUUUUCUAUCAACAAAUAAUGCAAUCCAUUCGUCCAUCUCAAUUUUUCAGAUUGGCCACGACAAAAUGUACAUCAUUUCGAAAUGUUCAUCUAUCAAUUGCCACGUCAAUGUCUGGACGUCAUCAACAACAAUUAGAGAAAGAAGUUUCAUCCAGUUCCAGAUUAAAUCAUGUAUUAGCUAAUGCAAACCGAAUUCUUAUGUCGACCGAACAAAAUGAUCAAAAUUUACAGAAUUUGAUCACCGAAGAAGUGAUGGUUAUUACUCAAAUAUUACAGAAAUUAGUUGGCACCAAUUUUUCACUCUCUGAAAUUAAAAAAUUAUAUGAAAAUGAAUCAUCUUCCGAUCAUUUUAUUCGUGGUUUAAUUGUCCUACUGAUUUCGAAAGCAGCUUCAUCAUCAUCAUCCAGUAAAACGCAAAUAGGGCAACAGGAUAUUUCGACAAUACAAUGGCGUCUAGCUAAAAUAGUCGAAAUGAUACAUAUGGCGGUACUUAUACAUCGACAAAUACGAAACGUUUCAUUCAAUACAUUGGAUUCCGGUUCCAUUGAGACACAGCUUAAUUUGCAAAAUAAAAUUUCCGUUCUGUAUGGAGAUUUUCUUUGGGCUAAAGCUUGGAAAGAAUUGGCCGACAUGGGAGAUAUUCAAGUAAUUGAUAUGAUGGUAUCCGUUUUGGUAAACACUUCUACAGGGCAAUUUCUUGCCGAAAUUGAAUCGCAUGAUUUGAGCCGAAAAAUGAAAGUUGAUUAUUGGCUGGAAAAAAAUUUUCUUCUAAAUGCCUGUUUACCUGCAUUUGGCUGUCGAUCAACGUUGAAAUUGGCUGGUGUAGAUGAACGAUUGCAGAAAAAUGCUUAUGAUUUUGGUCAAAAUUUCGGCUUUUUCAGCAAAGCAUAUCAGGAAAUAAAAUGGUUCGAAAAUAAUGGCAGUGUUGAAGAUUCAAACAAUAUUCAUUCAUUGGAUAUAUGUUCAUUGCCGGUUAUCAUGCAUUCGAUUGAAUCUGGUCAAUCAUUCGAUCGAAUGAUUAAAAAAAAUGUAUCCGAAAAUCACAAACAACCGGGUGAAUUGAUCAUGGAUCAACAAGAAUUCAUUGAAAUCAUACGUAAAGGUACUGGUCUGCAAAAAUCACGAUCAAUUUUGGAAAAUUUUCGUCAAAAAUCAUUAGGAAACUUGAAUGGUUUUCCUGAAUCAGAAGCCAAAGUGCAUCUAAAAUCCAUAUUGGAAACGAUGGAUCCAUAAAUCGAAAAACAAUUCUGACUAGCCAUCCGAAUUCAAUUUAUUCGUUACCAACAAACGCACAUAAUGAAUAUUUUAUCAAAUCCAAAUUGAUGUUUUU